AUGGGAAAAGAAAGUAACAGCAGCACUUUUUCAGUGUUGAAUUUGCUGAAUCAAACGGUUUCAGAGCCUCACUAUCUCUUCCAUUUCUUAACCUUCUUCUCCUAUAUAAUCGUUCGCUGCUCCGCAUCGCAAGUUUUAGCGCCUCACCUCAUUCAGAUUCUCAUUCGUCGCGAAAUACAAACGCUCUUGGUUUUCGCUGUUUUGGCUUUCAUCAAGGGUAUUAGAGAAGAGACAUGGGAAGCCUUCAUAGCUGAAGCACUUUUCAUUGCCAAGAUUUGUCUUUUUAUCCUUACCUUUACAAUGGAUCGCCGCAUAGCCGUUUGGUAUACUCUUGUAUUUUUAGUUAUACAUGUACUGACACAACCCCUUCAUCUUUGCUUCUACUCACCAAACCGUUCUCACCAUCAACACAGUCUUCCGUUUCACCUUCAUCACCAUCAACACAGUCUUCCGUUUCACCUUCAUCACCAUCGAUUCACCACCGUCAGCCAUCGAUACACCACUAUGCCGUCGAUUCUCCCUCGUCAUCCAUCAUUCUCCACCGUUUCACCAAAAAUAAAGAAUGAACCUCAACAACAAGCACCAGGGCAGUAG